AUGAACACACCAUACAAUUACGGAAACCUAAGCGUCAACUGCCAGGUAUCCAUAAAACACAAAAAGCUGGUUAGCACGCAGAAUGAAGAGGCGAAUAACAGAUACAGUGAGCAUAGCGUGAAGAAUAAUUACCAACACUGCGGCGAUAAAAACGUGCAAAUGUAUAGUAACAUCUGCAAUAUAUUGUGCGGCGGCAGUGUACAGAACGGGCCAAACGGGCCAAAGGGGCCAAGCGGUCAAAACGGGCCCAAUACUCCCAAGGGGCCCAAUGCCCCUAAAGGGCUUCACUGCCCCAGUGCCAAUCACAUGUGCGACAAACCUGGCGAGAUUUACCACCAGGUGCACAACAAAGCGGAGGCAAACAGAAACAAGCGUCCAUAUGUGCAUUCGCAAAACAGGAUGACCUAUGGGCUCAGUGAAGUGAACGAAUAUGAGAAGAGUGCCGCUUUUGCAAAGUGCGGCUCGUAUAAAGAUACAUACACCAAUCAAGGGGAGCACUUUACAAAGUGUAGGAAAAAAAAAAAUGUCAACAUGGUGAAUGCCGCAAUGGGUAGUAGCCACACAAAUGUUACUGUCCGUGGAGCUAGCAGCUGUGGCAUGCCCCCUUUUAUCAACCGUGCAACAACUGUAAGUCCUACAAAUGGAACUCCUACAACUGGAAGUCCUCCAAGUGGAGAAAACCCUCCAAUUGGAUUUACACAGGAUAAUCCCAAUGACCCCAUUAGUGCAAACAAGGGAGGGAACCACCUGAUGUUCCAUGACGUCAAAAGUUAUGGCAUUAAAGAGAUUCACGAUAAUAUUUUCUCAAAAAAUUGUCUACUUAACACAUUUGAAAGUGAUCCGAAGUACCCCUUUGAUGUACCCUCAAAUGGGAGAAAUACAACCAAAAAUGGAGUGUACCAAACAGGAGAAAUGUACUGUAAGGAAGAGAAAGCCACCCCGGAUGAAUUUAGUUCCCUCUGCUUUGGGGGAAACAAAUCGGGUAGUAAGGUCAGUUAUGAAAAGAAUAGCACAAAACAAAGGAACCACUAUGAUGAUGGGAUGAUAACAAACAAUUCCUACUUGACAGACAAUGCUCAUUAUGAUGCACACCAGAACAGCAUUCAAAAUGUGGAUUUACUCUCCUGUAAAAUGAACCCCCCGAAUGAUCUGCCCAUUUCGGACAUCAACAGAUGCAGCAGCGGUAGAAGCAAUGGCAGCGGCAGAAGAGGGGGUCUCACUGCAACGCGACCCCGUCCUUUUAACGACAACUCGAGUAAGUCCCCCUGCUGCUUCAUUCAAUUUGAUAAGAACUACGUAGAUUCGAAUGCACCAUAUGCAGAUGGAAAGACAGGAAGUGAGGCCAAAAUGAAGGGCCCCCCAUUUUUGAUGAACUAUUCUAAGGUGCCUACCUCAGGGAAAGCGGCGCUUUUGGACCAAAUGGAGUUUCAACAUGCAAAUCGAAAUGACAUCAUGACGGGAGACACUCACCCCGAUGUAAAAAAGCGUCCAUGUGUGGGCACUGACAACAAUGUCAUUAAAGUUGAGUGCCAGCAUAUGGAGGGAAAGCAGGGUCAAAGUCAUAAUCAAAACAUGAGUUUAAAGCAACAUAUCUGCAACCGGGAUGACAGUCAUAGUAACAUUUGUCCACCGCUAGCCAACACAUAUCGUCUCAGACAAGAUUGUCAAGAGAGACAAAUUUCGAUUCUAAAUAUGUACGAUAAACAUGACAGUGGUAUGCUCUGCAGCUGCAAAGAACUCAUCCCUUUUAACCAAGUGGAGAAGUAUGGGAACGCAAAUAAAUCAUGUCAUUUGUCCAGCGAUACUAAUAGGAGUAUUAACAUCGAUCAGGUGAGGGGCGAAACACCUUACCAGGCAAAUAACAUUCAUAUGGUUAGUGCAUGUGCGGUUAAUAAACCAAUGAGUUUAAAUUUUAAUUUAUACGGUCCUUUGGGUGAAGUGGAUGUGAACACUGGUAGUGUUAGUGGUGAGGCCAGCCACGUCAACAGGCAGUGCGGCAAAGCAGUUCGCAUCUCCCAGCCGGGUUGCGCGAGUAGCCAAGUUAGGGGAAAUCAGAUUUGCGCAAAUCGGAUUUGCGGAAAGCAAGUUAGUGACAGCCACAUCAAUACAAACCAGUGGAACCAACUCAUCAAUAUGAGUACUAAUUAUAACACGAAAGGUGAUUGCAAAAGUAGCCUAUCAAGGCGCGUCCAAGGGGAAGGUCAGAAAGAAAAGCGUGCAAUAGGGGUGCCCAAUACGACCCAAUACAGACAGGCAUUGAGGAGGCCAGCUAGUCAGAACAACACCAGUAUGGGCAACUUUAAUGGGUGCCCCACGAAGGAAGAACUGGGAAUAACCAACAAACACACACAAAUGUGUCAACAAACUGGUAAGGGAAAAGGUGUAACGACUCAUAACGAGAAGGUAGCGAUGGAUACACUCUGUCGUAAUGCACAGAUACAGGGUCGUCAGCAGGAAAGUAGCGUAAUAAAGAGUCAGCCGAAUAUGCGAAAUGACGAAUUGGCUAGCCCGAAGAAGAUAUCCAUGGGGAUGUCGAUGGAGAAGUGUGGGAAUCACGUCCCGCGUGAUACAUGCGGUAGUAUCAAUUCUAAAAAGAGUAGGACACACGAAAUGUGUUGGUCGCUUUAUGAGGCGCACGGGUCGAAUGAAAUGAAAAACAUGUGCGGUUGGCUCACCUCGCUGACGUCGCACGGAUCCUAUUUCCCCCACAAGUCGCUCGAACGACAGGUAUCCACCGAACUGGAAAAAAAAAAACAAAAAAUAUUAGAUAUUUUGUUUUCUUCCAAAGGUGUGCCACAUUUCGUGAGUAACAAAACAAUUGACAGUGGAAGAACAGCUAUGAAAAACGAGAUAACACAACUUAAGCAGGAUAGGAAUAAAAAAAACAGCCUCGAGAAAAUUACGAUUGACAAGUAUAGUAGUAGGGAUGAGGAAAAACAUCAUGAGAGUUUUCCUCUUGAUUGUGAAAAUUUAGAGGGGGAAAAAAAAAUUGAGAAUUGCUUCCUCUAUGUGAGUAGAGGAGAUGGGGAAAAAGUGAGUCAUGGGAGGCGCAAAGUCCUCAGCAGUAGCAGUACUAGCACUGUGGGUAGCAGCAAUAGUAGUGGGCACCCGGAGGAGGAGCAGCAGAGGGAGCACCAGGAGCUGAAGCCUAGGCAUCUACAGGAACGAGGCCCCAGAGGCGUAUCAGACGAAUGUGCUUACAUGAAUGGUAUUUCCAGCCAAGUGAGUGCGUUCCCUAGGACAGGUACCUCCGUAGAAUUACCGAACGAUUAUGGUACCGUAAGUGAACACUCGAGCCUACCUAUGAUAGACGUUACAUUACAAGGAGAGUUUAACAAUAAAAGGAAUGUAAUGAAAGAUGAUAAGGGUUACUUAAAUUGCGUUUCCAGUGAGUUGUCUGCUUGUGGGGAAGGACCCCCAGAUGCAGGAGAAAUGUUCCGUUAUGGUAACAGUAAUAGUAGUGGCUCUGCUAUGAACAAUAGCAACACGAAGGAAGAAACAAAAAUGCGAACACAAAACGACGUUGUUUUGCAGUGUGAUCUUAGGGGCGGCUACAGUAACAACGGAAGAGACGUAGGUAAUAUUAGUACUUACGCCAACAAGGGUGUUUAUAAUAUCGGCUUGCUUACACACGGUGAGAGGUUAAUCACCAGCAGCGAUGACAACCCUGUUGGGGAAGUGAGUAUGUUCAGUGCCUCAAAUGUUCCGCAGGAAUGUAGCAACUACAUUAUUAUGAACAAUCGCUCCGUAAGAUGCGUUGAUGGUACAAAUGUUGUUGUGUGCCCAUCUAACACGUCAAACAUACAAGGCACGUGCAACGGAAGCAAUAAAUUAGGGGAUGCUAUUUGCAACCCUCUGCGUGGAGAUGUGAGGGGCAAUAAUCCCAACAGCAAUCAUCAUAAUGCUGUGCUUCACACAAAGGAGGAGAACCUUUCUUCCAAAUUUAGUUUCUUCCAAGGUAGCUACGUCUCGCUUACACCCAAUUGUGCAAUCUCGGAGAGCCGUUCAAGUAACAUGGGAAAUAGCUCCAAAGGGUACACUGUGAAUGGCGUUACCGGUGCUGGGUCCCUGUCUAGAGUGAGGGGUGCCCGGAACGUGUGUGACAUGAGUAGAAUUAGCAGUAUGAACGGAGUUAACGGUGUUAGCAGUAUAAAAGGAGUUAACAGUGUUAACAAUGUUAACGACAUCAGUAGCGUUAACAGCGUCAACGUCGUGAACGGCACUAACGACUUCAGCAGCGUUAACAUGGUGAACGCCCACUUUUGCGCCAAAAGGAAUCCCCGCAAGGACAAAACCCAGGGAUGCGAAACUCAGAUUAAAGAUCUUAUCCCAAACAGUAUUCCGAACGAGGUAAAAGAGGGAGAACACAUGAGGAGUCUCAACCAAUGCGAAAGUGCUAUCAUGAUUAACAAAGGAAUGGGUAGAACUGCUACACCUUUUGCCUUCCCCGAUAACCCACAACGGCUGAUCACCUUUAAGAUCUCCAAUGCAAGUAUCCAUUCAGAAGGCGUCAAGUGCACAGACGGAACCGUCAUGACUGCCUUCCAAGCGAGUGACGGAAAUUUCCAGAGCGAUAAUCCCAUAAAAGACAAUGUUGUAAAAUUAUUUAACGGUCAGGGGGAAAGCAUCUGUAAGGUAAACAAUGCGGAGGUGAAUAGACUAACCAGUUCCUUGAUAAAUUCAGAUGUAAGAAGCAGCAAUGUGAAUCCAUUUUACAAGGAGAAUGAACCUACGUGUGAGAUGGGGAAAGGACAUAUGGACAAUGUAACUGCCAACAAUUUCAGCAAUGCAGUUAGUAGUUGCACUGGAAAUGAUGGAAAAACAAGAGGUACCAUAGGGGCUUCAAAGAGGAAUAGUGCAAAUAGGAGGGUGCAGAAGGGAAGGCGGAGCACUCGCAGCAGGAGGGCUACUUUCAGAGACGCGACGAAUAACGCAGCCAGUACCACUGCGACCACAGCCUCGAAUGUCACGUCGGACGGCACCACCCCUUCCAAUACCUCCAACCACGUGCCGAAAAAGAACAAGGCAGAAGAGCACGAACGGGAGGAGGAACUGCACGAGAAGCUGAAGGAUCUGCCCAAAAUCACAGGUGUGAGUUAUGAUAAAAAACAGAAACUGUGGGUGUCCCACUGGAGGUCAAAUUGUAAAACAAUACACAAAUAUUUCUCUGUAAAAAAGUACGGCUUUCAUAAUGCCAGGUUGCUAGCCAUUACGUGUCGAAAGCAAAACACGAAGUAUAUCUCCACCGAUCUGAGGUUUGGUUACAAGGCGGGUAGACAGUCCAGGGCCCAACCUGGGAGCCAAUUCAAAACGAGUGAAAAUUGUCCCGACGAGAACCAUGCUUCUGGCGAAGUUAUACAGCUUACGGGAAUAGUGUGUGAUAAGAAACCCAGUGGGAGAAGCCAUUCGAUCAGAAAGAUACCCAAGGGGAGAAGAAAGCAUUGCCAAGGGGUGGAUGUCACUCUGGAGCUCCCCAAAAAUGAGAGCGCAGAAUCAGACACACACGGAGUUGGUUCCCAGAAAGGCGAUCCAAGUAACGGCCAGCUAGAUGGGGCUAAUCCGAUUAAUGUUUCCCAAAACAUCCGUCACCAGAGUAGUCCCCCCCUUAGCAGUGGCCAUCCCAGUAUUACCUCACAGAACAGCGCGGAAUUGCGGAACCGAGGGUGUUCCCUUCCAGAGCAGAGUGAUCAGGGCGAAAUUUAUCCACAGAAAGUGGAGGGCUCCAAGGAUCAAGAACAAAUGCUAAAGGAAAACGAACUGGUCGCCAAAUGCACACUUAAGGGUGAAGCAAGCGAUGCGUAUAGUAAUAGCGGUAAAAUGAGCGUGCCCCAUUUUUUGAAGCAGCAGGGGGGGUGUCAAGCAAGGAGGGGUUCUGGCGAUAGCGUUAGCGGAAAUGUGAACAGCAUCUCGAAUGGUUAUUUGAACGGCAAUCUGAACAGUAGUCUAAACGGUAGUCUGAACGGUAGUCUAAAAGGCAUUGCAAACGGUAUUCCCAAUUCACGUAGGAGUGCACAAAAUCUGCAGGAGGAGGAAGAGUGCCAAAGCGUAAUCACCGACAAAACGAGCCAGCAAAGCAAGAACAGUGCGAUGCACACAGAACACGGGAAGAACGAAAAGGUGGAGCAACCCAAUGGGAAGAAAGACUACCUAAUAAACGCACAGCUUUACAAUAAACUGAUGAACAAUGAAUUGUAUAAUAAGCUCAUUAACAAUCAGCUGAGCAACGAAAGAGUAAAAAACAACAACUUUUACUGUAGCCUAAUUAAUAGCAAAUUUUACAUACACGUGGUUAACAACAAGCUUCAUGCACAGCUAGAGAGAAACCAACGAGAAGUGACCAAAGAAGGUUCGAAUUACUUCUACUACGGGCAGUUUAAGAAUGCUGCCUCUUCGAGGAGAAACUCAUUUUCGAACAGUGAAAAUUUUGCCAGCAAGAAACUUGCGCAAGAUCAGAACGCCCACAAUUUGUUCCUACGGAGCAGCAGUGGUGAUGGUACUACUAGUGUGGGUACGCAUAAGACGAGUCCUCCUUUUACCAACGCGGGAAUUACGUACGGAGAGAAAAUAAUAACCCCCGGUCAAUAUGCGAAUAAUAGUACUAGCCCUUACUCGAAAAAUGAUGAACCCCCAAUUGAUGGCAAGAAUAAUGGUUUCCUCAGUGAUUCCCCUGGAUUGGCUGCGGAAACUUCCAUGGGGCAGAACUACGUUAGGGUCAAAGACAAUAAUAAUUUACUCAGUUGUGAGGGGUUCCAAAAUGGUAGUGGUUCAAACAGCAGCAAUUGCGAUAACAUUUGUUCUGGUGGCCACGUAAGGGAGGAGGCAUCCUAUUUUAAGGGGAGCGCCCAGGUGAGCGAAAAUAAUUUCUGUCUCGAGGGGGCAUCUACGAUCGAGAGCGGUAAGAAAUUCCUGAGCGGUGGCACUAUCCAGUUUCGCACAACGAUUAGUAACAAUCAAGGCAGCGGAAUGGACGUGAGCACUGUCGUGCGUAAUAACCUCAAAGUGAAGGAUGCUAUGAAUCCAUAUAUAAACAGGGAAGGGCCCAUCGGUGAUGAUGGGAAUAACACUAAGGGCGGCGUGAUUGGAAGAUACGUGAAUGGCAGAGGCGUGAAUGGCAGAGGCGUGGAUGGCAGCGGUGUGGAUGGCAGCGGUGUGAAUGGCAACGGUGUGAAUGGCAGCGGUGUGAAUGGCAGCGGUGUGAAUGGAAGCGGUUUGAAUGGCAACGGUGUGAAUGGCAGCGGUGUGAAUGGCAGAUGCGUGGAUGACGGUGGAGUGGAUGACGGUGGAGUGGAUGACAGUGGAGUGGAUGACAGUGGAGUGGAUGACGGUGGCGUCUUACUCAACCGCAUGGCCGCGCAGGGUAGGCACUUCUUCCUGGCGAGCACUGACGGCAGCAAUAGCAAUAGUAGUAACCACGGCAGCAACCACGAAAGCAACAACAGAAAUAUCCGCCGCAGUGACGACCGAGAUGCGUUAGACGAAAAAUGCACUUCCAUCAGCAACGACCCUCUGAAGGACACUGGUCAGUUUGGGUGCAGUGGCAAUUUCGAAUGUAACAAUCAGUACGCAGCCGAGUUUUAUGCGGACGGUAAGUACCAUCAUAGAAGCGACGUAGAUAUGAAAAGGGCAAUUGUGCAAGGAGGUUAUUUGUUAAGUGAUCGGAUGGGCGAUGAAAUCUUGAAUGAGGGACAUUCGAAGGUGGGUGAAACCAAGGGAGGGCGCUGCUCCCAUGGGGGAAGUCCCCUAGGAGACCCAAACACAACCAACCCUGUGAACCAAAUGGACGAAGAAAAAAACAAACUGAUGAUUUCGAAGAUCACAACAAAAUAUAUACUGACCGAUAUCAAGAAUAAAUGCCUAAGAAACUGCUCUAGCAAUUUUUUAAAAAAUUUUCCAGACAUAAAAAAUGUCAUUAACAAGCACAUCAACAAAAUUUCCGAGGCGAAUUCUAUCUACACAAUAAGGCCGUAUAUUCAGCUGUUUAGUAACCUGCUGGAGAAGAGGAAGCUGCUACACAUGCUGGCCCCGAAUGCGCAAGAGUUGUACAUUUACAGCUUGCAGAAAUUGCCCCUUUGA